CGUGGAAGGAGGCUUUAAGUUAGACACAAUUACAUAUGUUUCUCUGGAGCUGCCUGGAAUACACUUCCCCUUGUCCUACUUCCCAACAGUAAGAAAAUAGCAAAAGAAAAAGGCGAGAUAAGAGGAGUGUGCUGCUGUGAGGCUCAGUGCAUGUGUGUGUAGCCUGUGCUUGUCCCCGAGCCAGUGAUGAGAGCCUCCUGACUCAAUUGAGACAGACUGGAUUCAUAGCAUCAGUGCAUUCUCUGCCUUCCACUUCACCCUUUUGGAUUAGUUAUGUCCAAUGCUGAAGAAUAUUGGAUGAAGAUACAGAAAUAAGGAAUCCUUUUUUCUCCACUUGUUUUCCAAGGUGGUGUUAAUCUUCCUCUCACGUGAAAUAGCUCCUCCAAACUGGAAUAAUGUAUUUAUAUGGGUGCAGAGGCUCCUGGUUACCAGUGCUGCUUGGUGGUGUAAGUGCGCUGGUGGUGCUGACAGCUGGUAACGCUUGGCACAACCAGGACAGAGGUCAGGGUGAACCAUCCUGCUUCGGGGGAUUUGACCUCUACUUCGUUCUGGACAAAUCUGGGAGUGUGCAGCACCACUGGGUUGAAAUCUAUCACUUUGUGGAACAUCUGGCUCACAAGUUCAUAAGUCCACAGCUGCGCAUGUCCUUCAUUGUGUUCUCUACUGAGGGACGGAUUUUGAUGCGGCUUACAGAGGACAGGGAGCAGAUUCGAAAAGGUCUGGAGGAGCUCCAGAGGGUACUUCCAGGGGGAGACACCUUUAUGCACGAAGGCAUCCAGAGGGCCAGUGAGCAGAUAUACUAUGGAAACUCUGAAGGAUACCGUACCGCAAGUGUUAUUAUUGCUCUCACAGAUGGGGAGCUGCAUGAGGACCUCUUCUACUAUGCUGAGAGGGAGGCCAACCGAUCGCGGAGUCUGGGUGCCUCAGUAUACUGCGUGGGGGUGAAGGACUUCAAUGAGACACAGCUGGCAAUGAUUGCUGAUAGCAAGGACCAUGUCUUCCCAGUGAAUGAUGGCUUUGAAGCACUGCAGGGGGUCAUUGAUUCGAUCUUAAAGAAGUCCUGUAUUGAGAUCCUGGCAGUGGAACCCUCCAGUAUCUGUGCAGGAGAAACGUUCCAGGUGGUGGUGAGAGGAAAUGGCUUCCUCCAUGCUCGGAAUGUCCAUAAGGUCCUGUGCAGUUUCCGAAUCAAUGACACACUCACCAAGAGUGUGAAGCCAUUAAUAGUGGAAGAUACAUAUCUCCUCUGUCCUGCCCCUAUUCUACAGGAAGAGGGAAUGGCAGCCAACCUCUAUGUCAGCAUGAAUGAAGGUCUUAGUUUCAUCUCCAGUUCAGUCACCAUUACAACUGUGAGCUGUUCUGAUGGAACCAUCCUGGCCAUCGCCCUGCUCAUCCUCAUGAUGCUCUUAGUCUUCAUGCUGCUCUGGUGGUUCUGGCCUCUCUGCUGCACUGUGAUGAUCCAUGAGCCACCACCACCAGUACUGGAAGACAGUUCGGAUGAGGAAGAAGAUGGGAUGCCCAAGAAGAAGUGGCCCACGGUUGAUGCUUCCUACUAUGGUGGCAGAGGUGUGGGUGGAAUCAAAAGGAUGGAGGUGCGUUGGGGUGAGAAAGGCUCUACUGAGGAGGGAGCCAAGCUGGAGAAGGCCAAGAACGCCAGGGUGAAGAUGCCCGAGCAGGAGUUUAUACAGACCCCGACUCGCAUCCUCAACAAUGGCACGCGCAAGCCUCCUGGCCCUCAUAAGUGGUACUCACCAAUUAAGGGCAAGCUGGAUGCUCUGUGGGUUUUGCUGAGGAAAGGCUAUGACCGUGUGUCUGUGAUGCGACCACACCCAGGAGAUAAGGGCCGAUGCAUGAACUUCACCCGGGUCAAGUCCAAUCCUCCUCGCUACCCCCACUACAACCAUCACUCAGCCCCCAUCUACACCCCUCCAAGAGGCUGCAACCCACCACCUCCCCAUGGCAAACUCCCCCUUCCCACCCAGCCCCCAGCCUCCCCCUCUCCAUCCUCCACCUCCACACUGCCUCCACUGCCCUCAAAACCCCCUCCUUUUUCUACCACUCCUCUUCCUCCCAUUACUCCACCUCCUACCAUCACACCCCCACCUUACACUCCUCCUUCAACUCCAGCCCUCCCUCCAACCACUCUGCAUAUACCCCCUCCUCAUGUGCCCCCUUCCCCUCCACACCCUGCAUCCCCAACCAGCUCCCUGCCCCCACCCACUCAGGCCCCUCCUCCAGGACAAGGCCCCCUGCCCCCACCCCCUGCCCGCCCACCACCACGCCCCUCUUUGUAAAUCCUCAGCAGUGAUUGGGAGGGCAGGGGUUGACUAGUACUAGUACAAGGAAGAUCAACAGGAAUCACAACUCUCCCCUCAUUCUACUGCCACCCAGGAUAUCUGUGUGGCUCACACACUUGUCAGCUAUUUGUUUACAGUGGCCCAUGUACACAUGUAGGUCAAGAGUACAAAGAGAAGUUGUACUUGAGGUUCCACGGAUAUCUCCUGAUGGACAGCUUUCCUUAUAGACAGAUCUAUGUUGUCCAUAGCUGGUCAGGUCUGCACAAAACACAGUUACCUUGUCAUGGCAAUAAGGGCUAAGCCCAUCUGUCCAUUCUACAACCAACAGAAGAAUGGAUCAAUAUCAUCGUAACAAAGUAAAGCCAAGUGUUGGAUGGUUGCCUGUUUAAAAAAAUAAACUGAGGCUCUUGAGAGAUGGCUGAGGUAUUAAGUUCAGAAAUGAAUUGAGAGAUGUCUCCAAAUGAUAUUCCAAUAAUGUAUCAGUCUGAAUUUUCCACAUGCAAUAUUUGUUUUUCACUGACAAACAAGUUAUUAUGAGCAGCGGAAGGAUUCUUAGAAUCACAAAAAUGUUCUAGUGUCAAUGCCCUGCUGCAUUGCACAAUUACUGUCAAGUCGAGGACAAUGUUUCUUAAUGACAGCAUUAAGGAUGAUUUUACGCCUUAAAUGUGCCUUUAAUUAAAAACAGAAUGUUAUUGGAGAGCAAUUACAUUCCAGUGGUUUAAGUAAUUUGUUCAUCCAUAUGACAGAUUGAUUCAUAUGAUGGGUCUUGGUUAGUUUAUAGCAUUCCUAAAAUGUUUUAUACAUAUAGCAUGUAUAAAUAUGUCUUACUUUUUGUCUUUGUAUUGCCCAUUCAGUGUUGGAUAACUAUUUUGCAGAGUAUGAUUGCUGUGGUGAACAAAAUAAUCAUUACGAAUAAAUUACAAUAAAUGUGUGCAUACGAGUCCUCACAAUUAUGCCAAAUUCCUCAGAAUCAGCACUAUCAAUGGUUAAUGUUAUAUAGUUGGGUUUACAAUGUUGUAUUUCAUCUCAAAAUGUUAUGACGUAUAUAUCCUUGGCCUUCCCCAAAAAAUGUUACUUUUUUUGUUGUCUUUGCUGCUCCUGUGGUUCAAUGUGGUUUAUUGAAGCCACAUUUAAAAAAAAAAAUCUAAUUACACAUUGUGUAACUGACCAAAGAAUAUCAUAGGUUAACGAUGGUUAGCCUCUGAACCGGGCCAUGACGACUUCAACUAUUGAUGCUAAGUCUAUAGGCAGUCUAUGGGUCAAAGUGUUCCAAGCACAAGUUGGAUUAUGUAAUGCUUUGAGUUGCCCAUAAAACAGGAUGAGUUUUAUGUAAACACACUUGAACAAACUAUAUGUCUUAUCACACCCAGACACACAUGUUGGCAGGCAUCUGCAUGUGUGGUUCUGUGCCAGUGACUGGGAUCUUGUCCACACAAUGGAUCAGAAUCUCCCCUGCAGCAUCAGACACUUUACUAUACCUCCAGAUGAGGUGUAAUAUAGACCAGGCCUUCUGUCUGUCCAUAAGAGGAAGAUUGGAGACAAUCAUAGAAAGUUGGCUUUGUAGUGAGUCAAGUUUAUGAAAGUACAUAUUGAUGUACAGAUGUCUGCUUUUGUAUAGUAAAAGGCGCAUCCAUAUAUUUAGCAAUCUGAAUAUGUGUAGAAAAGGAAGGAAAAAGAGAAUAGAAAAUAUAGAUGUAGAUGUAGAAUGUAGAAAAUAUUUUAUGUUGGGUCUAGAAAACUUGAAGUGGAGUCACUCUCUGUGUUCCUUUGUGAAGGAAUCAUAUUUUCAUUACAGACGUAUUGACUUUACAUGCACCUGCCAGGCUCUCAGGUCAAAAUAAGUGUACUGUAGCCUGGAGACUGGAAAGCAAGGCAGUAUAAGCAAGUACAGAUUUAGCUGUCAUUGCUAUGUAACCAAUUGUCAUUUAGAAUUUAUGAAGUAAACAUUGAAUCCUUUAAGUCA